GUAAAUUUUAUGCCCACGAGGAAGCUUGUCGUGAGGCAGAAAAAGAAGGUCUGCUUGGUGGACCGCAUUAGGCACCAAUACAUCGAAUUUGGGGCGAGAAAUGUAGCGCAGCGCAGGGAGAUAGAUCUGCCAAAGUGCUUGUUUGAUGAGCCACUGUGUAGCGCUUUCUUCAGGGACUUGUGCAGCAUCCGCUAAUUUUUGGAUGGCAGCAACGCCUUUCCGAUAGCCCUGAGGGCUGUAGUAGACUUUGGCAAGCUUGACGUCCAUAUGUGGAAGCAAGGCGUUUAUUCGAACUGAAAAUGCAAGCAUUUUUAAAGAAAAGGAAAAGCCGUGUAGCCGAGAGCAAGAGCGCUGCCGUCCACAAAAAGCAGCUCGCCUUGUUUCUGCUGAUCACUGGGCUGAUAAAAGUCAGCAGCAGGGCCCUUUGGGCGGGGCAAUUUGCUUGUCUGAGUGGGCCUGGUUAUAGAGUUUGAAUGCAUAAUCGGUGUUCGUGAAGUUCUGCUUCCCCUGUUCUUUGACUUCUCUGUUGGUUUGAAUCCAAUCAAGAAGCUUGGUGUGGUCGCAGGUGUAUUGGGCUAUAGCGGUCUGAUAAGCUUCAAGGGCUUUGUUGUGCCGCUUUUUUUCAUCCAACACCGCAUUCCCGCUGUCGCCAGACAAAUAUUUGGCAAGAUAGUUGCCGCCAGUAAAAGCAGCUGCAUUAAGAAUUGCCCCUCCGAUCAUCAUCACAACGCUUGCCAUCAUUAAAGCAACGUUUCUUUUUUUAAACCGAGGUUGGGAGGAUCUUUUUGUCUUCAAGGUAAAGCGAUGCUGCCUGCUAGGACAACUGUGAAUUUUGCAUAGUUCAUGGCGCUGCCGCUGGGGUCAGCAAUAAAGUUCUCUUUCACCACCUUUUUCGCGAUCCAGCUGAUGCCGGCAGCUAAGCUGGUAAGAAUGGCCGCAUCCAUGAUCGUUUUAACAAGCUUGUUGUCCGACAUCGUAUUGAGCUGUGCAUUUUCUUUUCAAAUGUCAAUCCAUUGAGUGGAGCUCUCUUCUUUGGAUCGGCUGGCUUGGCUGCUGCGUAUCCACAGUAUGGGCUUGUGGUGUUCCCUCGACUAGUCAAGGUGGGGCAGGUUGCUGUGGCGUGAAAACCUUUUUUAUCUCUUCACGUUUGUAGUAAAUUUCAAUGACAGAAACCACAAUGCUGAUUAUACUGAGCCAAUGAGAUCAUGCUGAUAACGUUUUUUGUGUCUUCAUUGGACGCUCAUUGCUUCAUCUAGUCGAAGCAUCUACACUUUAACCACCAGUGAGAGGAGGAACGAGGCCCACAGCUACAGUGGCUUCUGCAGCUUUUUUCUGUUCUUCAUGCACCUUUCUUCCUUUCUCUUGUAAGGCUUUUCCCACAGCCACCCGUUUCAGGUUUUUUUCUUUCACAGGUGUAGUAGUUGGUAUUUUUAAAGUCACCUGCUCUGGCCGAGGCUGCAGCAAGGCCGCAGCAGGCUCCUCCAUGUGAGUGUUUUCUGAAUCCGCCAUUAUUUUAGUAAACGAAAAUAUUUAAUUAGCAAUGCUGACUAAUUGUUCAGCAGUUGCUAAGGAUUGCUCAGCAGCGGUUGCUUUGGAUUGCUCAGCAGCAGUUGCUGAGGAUUGCUCAAAAUCUCUAUGUUUUGUUGUGAUCAGCACCGUGUUGGCUACCUUAAGCAGCCGCCCACAUCUCAAUGCAAGACUUCUGACAAGGGUGGACAACUCUUUGGUGAUGACAUAAUCUUUUUUAAGAUUAUUCUGCAAAGCUUCAACUUCUUUAAUUGGCACAAACAUCCCAACUGCCCUGGUGUACAACAAGAGACAACUAUCAACAAAGGUUUGAGUGGUCUUGGCACCCACAUAAGUCUCGUACCUUUUGUAGUACUUUUCAACAUCUUUAUCUUCCAAGCACUUAACCUGCUCUUGUGUCAGCUGCAUGCCGAUGGCUUCUUUUGCUUUGCCUGUGGAAACCAGAAUUGUAAGCUCUUCACGAAGGGCUGGAAUGUCAGGCCCUGGCUGACUCUUCGAGUCAGGUUCAGCUUCCAGAAGACUCAUGACUUCAGCCAUCACAAGGCUUCUUCUUUUAGCUUUGAUCAACUGGCCCUCUUCUUCCGUGGCCCAUUCUGUUAUAGCUAAGACUCGCCAAGCUUCAAUUGCUUUCUGUUUUGUCAAGGCCGAAAGCUAGCCUCAUCACAGCGAUCGCCAUCCUCACAGCCAAAAACCCUGCUUCAAAAGCAGCAAAGCUUCUUAAAAUUUUGUUAGAAUCUUCGAGCUCUUCUAAGCGGGUGUACGUUUCUUCGAGGGCUUCAUUUACCUCGUUACACCUUUCGGCAAAAUCGGCUGUCAGUUCCUUGUGGGUGCAGAUGGCAACCAUUUAUACCAAAACCGUUGGCGUGUUUAAUUGGCUGAAAACCUUGACGCGGCCAUGAUUGCUUUAUACCAAGGCAGGCGGCUUGUUCAAUUGAAAAAUAAUCCUAGAUCAAUAAUCGCACGGACAGUUAACACACUUGUAUAGGGGGGUUCUGGACUCAAACAACUUGGGCUCCAAGACGCCGAGCAAAGCAAGGCAUCUUAUAAGGCCGAGAUUUGUUUGAUCAAGAACCCCCCUUAUACACGUGUGUUAAUAUAUGUGCAGUUAUGUACAUGCAGUUAUGCAUCUAACGAUGCAACUUUAAAGUAAAAUCCAAAGCUUUACAAAUGUGCUACUGGAACCAAUGAGAGCAAUACUGCAAUUAACUUUUCCACUGACCCACGAAGUAUGAAUUCUCUGUGAAAUAGUGAACUGUAUUAAUUAGAAGCAUGAUCAGCCCAUACUCAGUUUAACUACAUGUUUCUUUCUUCUUUUUCCAGUGGGUAAAACAGAAGCUUACCCCUUGUUAGUGGCUCGAAGGCCUGGGGGAAGUCUCAUGUCUCCAGUAGUUCUUUUCUCACUGAUUUCACAAAUUAUUGUUCAAACUACAGUACAAGUCAGUGGAUUUUAUUAUGUACAGUCUCAGCCAUGGUUUGAGGCAGUGCGUAUAACAGAUAAGAAUAGUACAUAUGUCAAGUGUCAUCAGAAUGCUGUUGUGUUUGCACUGUCAUCUUUCCAGUAUAUUCAGCUGUCAGUUGUUUUCUCUGGAAGAGCCCCUUAUCGAAAACCAUUUUAUAAAAGUGUAUAUUUUCUACUGGUCGUUGUGCUACUAACUCUGUUUACAGGAUUUCUAGUGGUUCUUCCAGGACAAGUAUUGCAGAAAUUCUUUGAGUUAGCAACCAUGCCUGACUUAGUCUUCAGGCUAACGCUUGUUGGUAUUGCAGCUUGUAAUUGUCUCAUUUCAUUAUUUAUUGAGAUCUACAUUGUCCCUUCUCAAUGGCUAAAGAAACUACUCAAUUACAUCUUCUGCAAGUCACAUCCUAAGAAUUUCUUUCGAAUAUUAGAGCACCAACUGGAGCAAGAUCUCAACUGGCCUCCUUCACCAAGCUAGAAAGCACUGAGUGCUUUCAUCUUGUCAUCCAAUGUAUUAGUCCCAGGGUUGAUGUAACCAAGAUAUUUUAAAUGUCAUAGGAUUUAGAUAGGAUGUUCUAGUGAACUGAUUUCACAAUCGACCAUAUUCAUCUCUUCUCUGAACAACUCUAAAAUAGCAUGAAGUAACUAACAAUUUGAACAUUCAAUUCCUUCGAAUAUCCACUGCUCAUAUAGUUCGGUCUGUCUCCCUGUGUUUGCACUUGAUUUACUUGUCUCUUUCAUUCCCUUGGUCUUAUUUUGUUUUGCACGUCAAAGGCAGGGGAAUAACUCGAAAACCGCGAAGUUCAUUUAUCCCCCUGGCUCGACUUUAAACACAUACCUUUUCCCUAAGUUAUUGUAAUUUUCUUCCCAAAUGUGUAUUAAGUGUGAAGAGUAAAUAAAGCAUUGUUGCUG